AUAUAUGACAAGAAAAAAAAAACGGGAGAAGCUAAUUAUAUAUUUAAAAGUGGUAGGGCAAUUGCUGUAGCUUCAUUCCAAGAUAAUUUUGAUAUAUUUAUAUUAAAUAAAAAUAUGUCAAGGAUACAUUUUGAUCCUAUUGUUGGUCGAGGAUCUGAAUGUGAGGAAGGGAUAAUUUGGCAGAUGGAAUUUUUAUAUACAGAGACUACAUCAAUGGAUAAAAUAUUACUUGUCUUGGUUGUUUAUAAUGAUGUCGAACGUUUAUGUCGUUUAAUUCUUUAUGCUAUUGAUGCUUCGGAUACCCAAAAUGUUACAAUAGAAAAAAUUAGUAGACUGCCUUUAGAAAAAAAUACCUCACUUCCAUUAUUACUUAUACCUCUGAAGUUUCAACCUGAAGCUUUUAUUCUUAUUACAGAGCAACAAGCUUGCCUGUUGACAGCAGAUGAUCUUGGUUGCGGAAAUGUUUUGUAUCCAACCAGUAUGAUUCCAAAAAUAUUUAGAAGUAUCGAAUGCCCAUUAUUUACUGCCUAUGCAACACAUUUGGAUCCAACAGAAGAAUAUAUUUAUUUAGGUUCAGCAGAAGGACAUUUGUACAAACUUGAAGUGAAAGUAACAAGCGAACUUAACUGGAUCCCUAUUAAAAAAGUAAAUCCAGUUGGGCAAUCCAUGUGUUUAUUAGGUACCAUGGACUUAAUUGAAGAAAAUACAGCUAGAAAAAUGGAUGUCUUACUGUAUUCUGGUGAAAGUGCUGAUAGUCAAGUAUUACUAAUACCCAGCAAGCACCCGCCUGCAUCACAGAAUACACCCAUUGACUAUACAGUUCUACAAGUUUUAGUUAAUCGUGCACCAUUAACAGACUUUCAAAUAGCAGAAAAUUUUCAAGAUCAUCAAGACGCUUUGAUAGCAUGCUCUGGCCAAGGAGAACAUGGCUCUUUAAGUGUUAUUACCCAUGGUAUCCAAGCAGAAUUUUUACAUGCAUCAGAUCCGGAAUGGAAGGGUAUAUCAGCUUUAUGGGACUUAAGUCUUUCAUCUUUGGAAUAUGAAGAACUAUCUUGUUUAAUCGCAACAUCUGCAAAAGAUACACGUCUAUUUUGUAUAGAAGAUAGACAAAUAAAAGAUAUCACCUCUACGUCUGGUAUAAAAUCUGAUAUAGAAACAAUUCAUGUAGAUACAAUUGUUAUACAACAAUAUAAACUAUUACUCCAGAUUUAUUCUCGGGGAUUAUUGAUUAUUGAUGUUGGGAAGCAUGAUAAUAGUGUUAUAACAAAAUGGGAACCAGAUAUUGGAACUGAUUAUCAUAUCGAGCUUGCAACAUCAUGGCAGAUAAAUGAUAAAGUUUAUAUUGCAUUAUGUAUUAUGUAUAAAGACAUGUUUACUUUGUAUAUACUUAAUAUCAAAAGCAAUGAAUCUAGCCCUUUGUCUUUAAUUGUAGAAGAACUUACUACCAAACCUUUAGAUGUUUGUCCUAGUUAUAUUGGACAGUUUAAGUUUAGGUAAUCUAUAAAUCUUUAACUAAAAAGAUUAUGAUGAUUAACUAUAUGAAAUGAAGAUCAAAAACUCUUCUUACAUUAGGUACUUUUGGGCCUUCAUUGAUUAUUUUUUUGAUAGAAAAUAAUUAUAUUUGCAAAGUUCAAGAGAUAGACUUAUGUUAGUACUUAGUAUAUACAUAUAUGGUG